AUGCCUGGUCUGGAUUCAGGUUGUCGCCUCUACGCACCGUCUCGAGUCUUCGCCUCUGUGGACGCCUUUUUAUUCGUGUUUGUCUGCACGCGGGACCGCCCAUCGGCCAGGUGCGUCCAGGCGCGCCCUCUGAGCUGCUGCGAGCGCCGCGUGGGCUCCUGUGACUUCCGCAGGGCGCCCUGGGACAGACCCAGGGCCGCCUCCUCCACCAUUCCCUUCGGGCUGCUGGGUAACUGUGUGUGUGCACAGACCCCCCCACACCUCCACACAGAUGGAGCGAGAGGGCCAGGGCAUGGGACCUGCCGGUCGAAGGGCUGCCCCUGGAAGCUGGGCGUCUCCUGCAGAGUCCGGUCCUCCGGACGCUGGCUGAGCUCCCGGCUGACCUCUACAGCCAAGUGCAGAAACCGAAGGCAGAGCCGGCUUCUCCACACUGAGCCUUGGCCUUCUGGCCCCCCACAAGCAAGUCCCGCUGAGACUCCGUCCGACACCUUUUCAGGACUCAACGUAGAAGCCCCCUCCCAGGGGAAGCCCCCCGAUGCUCUCAGGCUGAGUCCUGCUCCAGCCUACCCCCGUCUGGCUCCCAAAGGACGCGCACAAACCCACAAACAAACGCGAGUCUGCAGUGGCUUCUUGCUGUUUGCUUUGCAGUUAAUGACUUUAUCCAUCAUCUCGAAGCAGAGCCGGGACCGACCACAGGGAAGGGGUCUGGAAUCGUCCCCAGAAGGCCAGACCAAGGAGGGCUGGAGAUCUGGCCUGACGGUGGAAGGGGCCUCAAAGCAGGAGAGCGCAGGGCGGGCCGGCCGGGAGCGCAGUUUCCUGUCGCUGUGGGUCCUCCCCGUGCUGACGGAGGCCUGA